UUGAUCCGCCCCAGGCGUGAUCGACCAACCACGGGACGAGCGGCUUCUUCACAGGCGACCGCCAAAAGAUUGAAUAACACAGCUGGCGCGGUUCAGCUUUUGUCGUCGAUUUUAUUUCGGCCCGAGUUGAGAUCACCAUGGUCGAGAGCAGAACGGAAUUCAAGCUGAAAAAUCCUCCAGACGAUGGCAUCUCGUCGGUGCAGUUUGGCCCGAACGCAGCUAAGUUUUUGCUGGUUUCGUCGUGGGACUGCACUGUUCGGCUUUACGAUGUCGAAACGACCACCAUGAGGCUCAAGUACAACCACCCUAUGCCUGUUCUUGACGUCUGCUUUCAGGACGCAGUGCAUUCUUUCAGUGGAGGGUUGGAUCAAACUUUGAAAAUGUACGACUUGAACAGUAGUAGUGAAAUGGUGCUGGGUAGUCACGAUGGUGCGAUCCGAACCGUAGACUAUUGCUCGGAGAUAAAUGGAGUCGUAACAGGCAGUUGGGAUCACACAAUCAAAACCUGGGACCCAAGAACGCCGAGGUGCACUGGGACGUACCAGCAGCAAGAAAGAGUGUACACUGCUAGUCUUUGCGGGGAGCUCCUGGUUGUGGGCACGGCUGGCAGAAAAGUGCUUGUUUGGGAUCUCAGGAACAUGGGAGUUCCAACGCAAAGGAGAGAGUCCAGUCUAAAGUACCAAACCAGAUGCAUAAGAUGCUUCCCAAAUAAGCAGGGAUAUGCACUGAGCAGUAUAGAAGGAAGAGUAGCUGUCGAGUACCUGGACACUGAUCCAGAAGUGCAGAAGAAGAAAUAUGCGUUCAAGUGCCAUAGGAUCAAAGAGGGUGGCAUCGAGAAAAUAUAUCCUGUUAACGCCAUUAGUUUUCACAACUCGUACAACACUUUUGCCACGGGCGGAUCCGAUGGAUAUGUUAACGUCUGGGACGGAUUCAACAAGAAACGUCUGUGCCAAUUUCAUCCGUAUCCUACGUCCGUUGCUUCGUUAUGCUUCAGCAGUGAUGGUUCUGCACUUGCCAUUGCCUGUUCGUACCUCUACGAGCAAGAGGACAAAGUGGACACGGCCACCGAGAAUAACGUUUUCAUCCGAUUUGUGACUGACCAAGAAACAAAACCAAAGUAAGGAGCAACUUCAGCAUUUAAACUCCGAUGCAUUUCAGAGGAAGCAAAACGUACAGAGAUUUGUGCUCUUAUCUUACUUAUCUGUCCCUUGACUGAGAUGUUGUUUCCUUCAAGUUUCUCUCUGUGCCUAUUUCGGUUGAUCUUCUCAAUAUGUCCAUUAAUCUGAUCUGCCAGCAGCAGACUUUAACGCUGAUAAACGAUCUAAUUAAGAAAAUCAACAGUAAUAAAAAAAAAUGCUGUCGUAAAUACUCUACACUCCGUUAAAUGGAUUGACAAAUUUAAGUUCAUACUUUCAACAUUUUUGUAAUGAUAAGUUUUACCCUAAUUUGAUGUUUUCCCUUUUAAAUUCAGUUGUCUUGCCUCUUUCCAAUUACAAUAUUGUUCUGAAUAACAAGAGGCAGUCUUACAUACUUUCAGUAUUUUAAGCAAGGAAUUUAUGCUUAAUUUAAUUUCAAUACCUAAAAUUGAUGGCGUCCUCUUUUAAUGUCUCUCAUUUAACAAAAAUGUGCUCUGGUUGCAUAAUAUCAACAUCACUUCCAGAGAUUUGCUGGCAACAUGCCAAGAAAAAAAAUAAUUGUAAUGGAGCCUUUAUGUACACCGAUGGAAUAUAAAAUAAAUCUCGUAAGAUAUAAUGCAAGACUU